CUCAACCGCGACGGGUUCUCCACAGCUCUCAGCCACCCCCCAAAACAGAGAGGGAGACGAGCAGCAGAUGAGAACCUGGAGCAGAUAGAAGGGAAAAGAAGAGCUCAGGGUUGGACAUUUUGGGAUCUAGGGGUGGGGAGGAGAAAGGGAGCGCGCCUCCUUGAUUUUCCCCUGCCCACCCCUCUUUGCUUUUCUCUCCCCUUGGCUGGUAUAGGAUUUUCCUGAAGCAGCAGCAGUAGAGGACAGAAACCUUUAGUCUAGAAAGGGGGGUUGGAGAGGUGGCUGGAUCUCCCAUCAGCUACCUAGCUUGAGGGUGCCUGUAAGAGUGUGAAUGCGGUUCCCCUCCACACACACACACACCCCUCCACACACGCUCCUCUUCAUACCCGGGUGUCAGCUAUCCUCAAUUUCCCGGUGUUGGCUUCUCCGCUUGCUCUUAUUGUUUGUGGCUUGCCGCGUGAAAGGGGUGCGUGUGUUUGAAGGGGCUCAGGUUGGGAGAAAGAGCCGAGAUAGGGCGAGCGGGAGCAGGACAAGAGCACCGGUGGAGAAGAGUUUCGGGCACUGGCGAAGGGGAAAGGUGAGGAGGUCUGGCCAGUCAGAGGGAAGUUUGGCAAUAACUGAAGAGCAAAGAGGGAAGCCCAGGUAGGAGUCAGUCCUUGGGCCCCUCUCAGCACCCUGAUCCCUUUGCCUGUGCUCAACCAUCCACCCACUCGGCAGCCUCCAGGCCCGGGACUGUCCCAGGCGGCUGCCUUUUGCGCGCAGCGGAAGACGAGUCCGGUAAGGCUGUCGCACCACGCGCCCCGGUGCACGGACUCCAGACAGCACACAUCUGAAGAAAGCUCCUGGCCUGGGCUUUCUCAAUUGCUAUGAACCAUGGCCCAGCUGUACUACAAGAAGGUCAAUUACUCACCAUACAGAGACCGAAUCCCCCUCCAAAUCGUGAGGGCUGAGACUGAGCUCUCUGCUGAAGAGAAGGCCUUCCUUAAUGCUGUGGAGAAGGGAGACUAUGCCACUGUGAAGCAGGCACUACAGGAGGCCGAGAUCUACUACAAUGUCAACAUCAACUGCAUGGAUCCUUUGGGCAGGAGUGCCCUGCUCAUUGCCAUUGAGAAUGAGAACUUGGAGAUCAUGGAGCUACUGCUGAAUCACAGUGUGUAUGUGGGCGAUGCACUGCUCUAUGCCAUCCGCAAGGAAGUGGUGGGCGCUGUGGAGCUUCUGCUAAGCUACAGGAAGCCCAGUGGAGAGAAGCAGGUUCCCACCCUGAUGAUGGACACCCAGUUCUCUGAGUUCACACCAGAUAUCACUCCCAUUAUGUUGGCCGCCCACACCAACAACUAUGAAAUCAUCAAAUUGCUUGUCCAAAAGCGGGUCACUAUCCCACGGCCCCACCAAAUCCGCUGCAACUGCGUAGAGUGUGUGUCCAGUUCAGAGGUAGACAGCCUGCGUCAUUCAAGGUCCCGACUGAACAUCUACAAAGCUCUGGCAAGCCCCUCACUCAUUGCCUUAUCAAGCGAGGACCCCAUCCUCACUGCCUUCCGGCUGGGCUGGGAACUCAAGGAGCUAAGCAAGGUGGAAAAUGAGUUUAAGGCUGAGUAUGAGGAGCUCUCCCAACAAUGUAAGCUCUUUGCCAAGGACCUGCUGGACCAAGCUCGGAGCUCCCGAGAACUGGAGAUCAUCCUCAACCAUCGAGACGACCACAGUGAAGAACUUGACCCACAGAAGUACCACGACCUGGCCAAGCUGAAGGUGGCAAUCAAAUAUCACCAGAAAGAGUUUGUCGCUCAGCCAAACUGCCAACAAUUGCUUGCCACCUUGUGGUAUGAUGGCUUCCCUGGAUGGCGGAGAAAACACUGGGUAGUCAAGCUUCUGACCUGCAUGACCAUUGGCUUCCUGUUUCCUAUGCUGUCUAUAGCCUAUCUGAUCUCACCCAGAAGCAACCUUGGGCUGUUCAUCAAGAAGCCCUUUAUCAAGUUCAUCUGCCAUACAGCUUCCUAUCUGACCUUCCUCUUCAUGCUUCUCCUGGCUUCUCAGCAUAUUGUCAGGACAGACCUUCAUGUACAAGGACCUCCCCCAACUGUUGUGGAAUGGAUGAUACUGCCUUGGGUUCUAGGUUUCAUUUGGGGGGAGAUAAAGGAAAUGUGGGAUGGUGGAUUCACUGAAUACAUCCAUGAUUGGUGGAACUUAAUGGAUUUCGCAAUGAACUCCCUCUACCUGGCAACUAUUUCCUUGAAGAUUGUGGCCUAUGUCAAGUAUAAUGGUUCUCGUCCAAGGGAGGAAUGGGAAAUGUGGCACCCGACUCUGAUUGCAGAGGCACUCUUCGCAAUAUCCAACAUUUUAAGUUCCUUGCGUCUCAUAUCCUUGUUCACAGCCAACUCCCACUUAGGGCCUCUGCAGAUCUCUUUGGGACGCAUGCUGCUUGAUAUCCUCAAAUUCCUCUUUAUCUACUGCCUAGUACUGCUGGCUUUUGCCAAUGGACUGAACCAGCUUUAUUUUUACUAUGAGACCAGAGCUAUCGAUGAACCUAACAACUGCAAGGGGAUCCGGUGUGAAAAACAGAACAAUGCCUUCUCCACGCUCUUUGAAACCCUUCAGUCACUCUUCUGGUCUGUAUUUGGCCUUUUAAAUCUCUACGUCACUAAUGUGAAGGCCAGACACGAGUUCACCGAGUUUGUGGGAGCUACUAUGUUUGGGACAUACAACGUGAUCUCCCUGGUAGUGCUGCUGAACAUGCUCAUUGCCAUGAUGAACAACUCCUACCAGCUUAUUGCCGAUCACGCUGACAUUGAGUGGAAGUUUGCGAGAACGAAGCUCUGGAUGAGUUACUUUGAUGAAGGUGGUACCUUGCCACCUCCUUUCAACAUUAUCCCCAGCCCCAAAUCAUUCCUCUAUCUUGGCAACUGGUUCAACAACACCUUCUGUCCCAAAAGAGACCCUGAUGGAAGACGAAGGAGGCACAACUUGAGAAGCUUCACAGAACGCCAUGCUGAUAGCCUGAUACAAAAUCAACAUUAUCAGGAAGUUAUCAGAAAUUUAGUCAAGAGAUAUGUGGCUGCAAUGAUAAGAAACUCUAAAACAAAUGAGGGGCUAACAGAAGAAAAUUUUAAGGAAUUAAAGCAGGACAUCUCCAGCUUUCGAUAUGAAGUGCUUGACCUCUUGGGAAACAGAAAACAUCCGAGAAGAAGCUUUUCCACUAGCAGCGCUGAACUCUCUCAAAGAGAUGAUACCAAUGAUGGCAGUGGUGGGGCUCGGGCCAAAUCGAAGAGUGUCUCUUUCAAUUUAGGCUGCAAGAAAAAGGCCUGUCACGGGGCACCUCUCAUCAGAACCAUGCCAAGAGCCAGUGAUGCUCAAGGAAAGUCAAAAGCUGAGUCAUCAAGCAAACGGUCCUUCAUGGGUCCCUCUCUCAAGAAACUGGGUCUCCUGUUCUCCAAGUUUAAUGGUCAGACCUCUGAACCUACUUCAGAGCCCAUGUACACAAUCUCCGAUGGGAUCGCACAGCAGCAUUAUAUGUGGCAGGACAUCAGAUAUUCUCAGAUGGAGAAAGGCAAGGCAGAGGCCUGUUCUCAAAGUGAAAUGAACCUCAGUGAGGUAGAGUUAGGUGAAAUCCGGGGUGCUGCUGGGAGCAGUGAAUGCCCCCUAGCCUGUUCCAGCUCUCUUCACUGUGCAUCCGGCAUUUGCUCCUCAAAUUCUAAACUUUUAGACUCAUCAGAGGAUGUAUUUGAAACUUGGGGAGAGGCUUGUGACUUGCUCAUGCACAAAUGGGGUGAUGGACAGGAAGAACAAGUUACAACUCGGCUCUAAGUCAAAUCCCCAUCAUCUAUUCUGGAAUUCAAGAGAAAAUUUGUAAUGUCCUCAUUCUCAGAGGUGACCCCAAUUUUGGUUCCCUCACGGUCCCCCCUCCAAGGAGUGAAACUCCUAUUGUCUUCAGUCUUUUAUAGCCACAUUCCUCAUGCUUUGUUUUAUUGUUAUUAUAAUUUGCCUUUUGAUAUCUCGAAAUACUUAAAUCCAUCUCGAAACCAACUGAAGGGGCAUUGCCCCUAGUCAGCAGAGGUGCAGUCGGGUGCUUAACCCCUUUGCUUUGCUGUUCUUACCCUUGCCUCGUUGACGCUCCAGGUGCCACUUUGCUACCAUAGCUGCCGCACAGAUUCCUGACUUCCCUCGGGAUCUCACACCCAUCUCCCCACAGAGCUGAGGGAUAUGGUCAGCAGUCCCUACCAGCUACCAGAUAAGGCAAAUCAACCUGCCUGUCUUUGUUGCUCUUCAGUGCUACACGCUGCCCAUGCUGGUUCAAUGAACAGCAUGAAAGGGAGACUAGACUCCAAAGAAUUGGCAGCUUGUGGUUUCUAGGUAGAACUAGCCUUUCUGUUUUGUUUUAAAACACUAUAACUUCUAAUUGUGGGGACUGUUGAGGUUUCGUUUCUUGAAGAUGUGUUAGUUUCUUAACGUGUGCCAAUGAGAUAUUUACUCUACAGUGCGUGUCAUAUAUAAUAAGUUAGCUGAUUUCCUUUCCUGUGUUUGUAUAUUUCAGUUAACUUACAUAUUUUAAAAUUUGAGAGUAUCAAAAUUAGUAUUUAGGAUGUGUACUUUUUUCCAAAACAUCUUCUACUGCACUUUAACCAAUAGUUACUACAUCUCAUACAUUGGCAAGAAAAAAAUAUAAUUAGCUGGCAUAUUUAUAGGGUCCUAUCUACUGUGGAUAGUUUUAAUCAUCAUUGAUAUAAAGGCAUUUCUACGCCUAAAGACUGGAUUUGAAAUAUUUUUUAUCAGAAAAAAUGACAUUUUACUGAGGUAUUUAAAUUUAGGGGGAAAAGAGCACCUUAAUUUAAUGAAUUGCUUUCUGGAAAGAAAACCUAGCAGAUAACCUAAUUCAGGUUGCAGCUGUAAUAUCCCCUGGGAGACAGGGGAAACUGCAUGUGUGAACUGUUAGAUAUAUAAUGUAAUAAUCCUAGUGGAUUCAUAGAACUAAAUUCUGCCUUCAAAGAAAGCUGCAUUUAUGCAUUCAAACUCUUUCCCAUAGCCCAGGAGUACUUAAUCAGAACACAAGUUAAAAACAAAGUUAGGAUGCAUAUGGUAAUCAUUUUAGGACUGACAACCACCAAACAAUAGCCUGCUGAGCAAGCAUAGUUUUAUCAACAUAUGCUUGGCUUGUGGAGAUUAACAAUUUAUAUGGCAGAAAAGUAAAAAAGUUCGUUAGACAUCACCUGUUCUUUUUAAGUGUCAGCAGCAACAAGAAUCCGUCUACAUUCUUGUGUGCAGUCUGCUGGACGUGAAAGGAAUUGUUCAACAAUGUACAUGUGUCUGUAAACUUGCUUUGGACAGUGUAGUUUAUGUUAAACUGACUUUCCACCUCUAUCCCUAGCAUUGGUGAAUGAUGGUAAAAGUGUUUCAUGUGGAAAGGAGCCAAAUUGGGGGCAAGGCAGGCAGGAAGUAGUGCUGAAUACAACUCCGUACACAGAAAAGGGAAUGACGAGAGUAAGAUGAAUCAACACGCAUUUGGCAAGGGUUUGUUCCCAAAUAGUCUUAUCUGAAGUGCUCAUUUGUUCAAAUCCAACUGCUGCCCUACUGAGGGACCAUCACAAAUACCUCUGACACUGGGACAGAUUCCUUUCUAAAAGGAAGAGUUCUAAAGUCACAAUUUCAACUUUCCCAACUGUAAAACUUAUUCUUACUAAUAAAUCAACCUAGACUACAACCCUAACUCACACCACCACCACCAAAGCCAACAUAUAACCAUAUAGUCAAAACAUCUUUCUCACCAAUAUACAGAGUAUUAGUAAUCUAGGUGUGACUGUUGUAAAGAUCAGAAAACAGUAGGAAGCCCCGAAGUCAUGGUCUAAAGCAGUCUUCUCUCAGUAACGUUCUGAAGAGAGAGGAAAGACAUUACAACAGCCAUUCUCUGCCAUCUAAAGACAGCAGUGCCGUAUUUCUUGGGAACACAUUCCAUACCAGAUCUCCUUAGGGUUAUCAUCUGUGUGACUUGGGCUUAAGAUUUCACUAGCUAUGCUGAUGCCUCAUUUAGGAUAAAUGUUGAAACUAAACAGCGAUUGUCCUAAGUUCCAUGUUGGUGAUAGCAACAUUUUUAUUAAGUCUAAGAUAAUGCCAAGCAGAAACGAGAAAGACAUCUUUCUACCCUGUCAAUCAGCCACUGUUUACAAACAUUUCAGGGAUGGAGAACUUUCCUGACAGUCAGCCCUGAGUUCUGUUCCUGGUACAAUUUUAAAAGGGUGGAAGGUUGGAAAGAUGGCUCAGUGCUUAAAAGCACUCACUCUAACAGAUGAACCAGAUUCUAUUCCCAGCACCCACAGGGCAGCUCAAUCUGUCUGUAACUCCAGUUCCAGGGCAUCUAAUACCCUCUUCCAGAUUCCCCAGGCACCACGCACACAUGUAAUACACAGACAUAUAUGCAGGCAAAACAUUUACACACAUAAAAGUGAAUAAGUCUUUUUUUAUUUAUUUUUUAUUUAUUUUUUAUUUAUUUUUUUUUGGUUUUUCGAGACAGGGUUUCUCUGUGUAGCUUUGCGCCUGUCCUGGAACUCACUUGGUAGCCCAGGCUGGCCUCGAACUCACAGAGAUCCGCCUGGCUCUGCCUCCCGAGUGCUGGGAUUAAAGGCGUGCGCCACCACCGCCCGGCAAGUCUUUUUUUAAAGGGAGAGGAUUUGAAAUAAAAAUUCUUAAGCAUGUCUUUUCACUGCUGAGAAGGUACAAAGGUAACUUGAGAGUACAUUUGUAAGCCAGAGAGAGAGAGAACUGUAGAGAGGACCAACUGGAUUCCAACCUCAUAAAGUUGUUUUUUUUUAAAAAGGUAGCAUCAUGGUAUCCAGAGAAGGGCACCAAGCUGGUCAUUAAACACAAAAUUUCUGGAUUAUAGAAACAUUACCUAGCAUAUGUUAUAUAUAGAUGUUCAAAUAAAAUGCCCUCUAUACAGGUGCCCAUUGUUUUCAUUUGUCUAAAAUACUGUGAACUCCAAAGCUGAACUCAAAUGUAAAUUUAAAAUGUACUGCUGCCAAGUAAAAAUAACUAUAAAUACAAGAAGCACUUGUUCAUUAUAUAACACCAUGACUUCCUUCUAUUACAAUCAACUCUUAUAACUUCUAGGUACCUUGGGUCCAUUUGUUUGAUACAAUAAUUAAAGUCUUCUUAAUAUUAAGGUAAGCAUACACAAAAGUCUGAAUUAUAUCAGAAAUUACAUCAUUGUUAAAGCCCAGUGAAGUGCAAAAAAGGGGACGAUUCUAAACUGAAAACCAUUGAUAAAUUUGAGGCCAGCCUGGACUAGAUAGUAAGACCUUAUGUGAGAAACACACACACACACACAGUAGUGUAGUUUCUUAUGGCUGGGUGAGUGGUUAAUAAGAGCCCUCGCCUAACAUAAGCAAGAUCCUAGGUUUGAUCCCCCAAAAGAUCAUUUUACAUCACUCUUUUCUCCAACAAAAUCUAGAAAUGCAACUUAUGUGUGAAAACUAGCUCUAAAAACUCUGGAAAUCUCUUUUCAAAUUUUGGAUAUUAGAGCAGAAUUUCAAAAAGCAGUAGUUUCUCAUGUAGGAUCACUGUAUUCAUAAAGUCAUCAGGCAAGAUCCAUAUUAAGAUUAUUAUUUUAAACUGUGCAGUGUCAAAGAUUGCCUUUCCAAAUAUGGAGGAGGACUGGCUCUAAAUUUUACCUAAGAAAUGAGUCUGCUACAACUUUAUGAAAGAGAAGAGCUAAACUAGGGGGUGGUACAUAUGGAAAGAAAACCAGAUUACACAUCUGUCAUAUUUAGUCCCAUAAAUUUACAGUUUUAAGUAUAUAACCUAUGAUUACAAAUGAGUUCUAUAAAUUUGCCAGAACUUAUACUUCAAAAUGAAUGACAUCCAUCAAGCAAAUCAUCUUAAAUAUCUGCACCUGCUGUGUGGUAGGGCACAUACAUACCUUUAAUCCCAGCGAGGCCUGACUGAUCUAUACAGCGAGUUCAAGGACAGCUAGAGCUACACAGAGAAACUGUGUCUUGAGGGGAAAAAAAAAUAAAAAGAAAAGAAAGAAAAGAACCUACACUACACCCAUAUUCUAAUGAUGCCACCAUUAGUUACCAUAUUUUAGACCUCUACUUUGUAAGUCUUUCAAUACCUAAAAUACACUCUCUGAAUAACCUAAUAACACAAAAUCAUGAUUCUACAAGAUUUAAAUUUUUAUAAAUGUUCAAAAAUAAGUUGUGGUUCAAAAAUGGUCAAAUGAAGGGUAACCAACCCACGUACUUACUUAGUUUUUUUUUUUUUAAAAAGCAAACAUUUUCAAGUACUGUAACAGGCACAUUGGUGAGUUGUCAGUCCUAGAACCACUUAGUCAAAAUGUAUCCUAUUAUUUCCCAAAGAUAACUUGUUUCCCUUUGCAACUUAAAAUCAACUUUCAACAUUCUUGGGAGUAGUGGCAGCUUUACAAAAAUAUAGUGCCUCCUAAGAAAAAUUUAAAGGACAAGAUAUAUAAGUAGAGAACUUCCACGGAUUAAGGAACAAUCAAGAUUUAACCCCUGAAAUCCUGGUGUUUAAACAAGGUACAUGAAGAGUUCCUGUGGCCUAAGAUCUAAACAAACUGACAACUGUCUUUCUACAUCUUAGGUGAUCCAAAAGAAACAUUUUAUUAUGUACAGGUUAUGGCAAGUGGGUUGUUAGCAAGGAGUAACCGGAAAAACAAAACCCCCUGAAGAUACUACAGAAUAAUGGGAGCCUUUUGGACUGAACAUUCAUAGUGGCAGAUGUAGUGAGACCAGGCUCAAAUGGAAAGACGAAAGCAGCUAGCUCGGAGCAGCUGAAAAUCUAAUGUCCAAUGUAGAUGUUUCCAUAGGAGAUCUAAUCGUUUUAUUUAAAAUACAGCUUCAUCAACAGCACUAUACUUCAACAAGCAAGGCAGUUGCCUGGAGUCGAACAAGUGACAACUGUACCUGGCAUAUUUAGGAAGGAGAGGCAGUCAGAAUUCAAGUGUUUUUCUAGAACCAAUGGCACUAAAAUCAACGUCAGUGUGGGUUCACAAGGAGAGUUCCAAACCCAGGCCAUCAACCACAUUAGUUUACUUAAUGUUAAAGGGAAUAUAAUUUCAUAAAGUACUAACCUUAGAUGUAACUGUUUGAAUUCUCCCUUUAAAUACAAUAUGGCCAUUUUCUCUUGUUUCAAUUGCACAACAGUAACAGACCUUGUCCAGAUCAUUUCAAUUCAGAUAAGACUAAUUACAGCCUUUCCAAGGGAAAAUACAUGGAGAAGUUGAUUUCUUCUCAUGUGCAUAUUAGAGGUACUAUUCAAGAAGAGAGAAAUAUUUUAACUGCUUACAGAUUCCAUUUCUUCAACGUUUUACAAAAUGGGGAUAGGGAAUUUCUUCCUAGUCAAAACAGUGAAUGCAAUUUGGAGCUAUAGACUUAACAACUGAUAGCAGAAGAGAGAACAACUAGAAAACAGACGCUAUGCUUAAAUUUUCUCAGCCUAGUCAGUGGUCCCUCGCACAUCAUCAUACAGAAAAUGUUUGUAUCAAAAUUAAGGUUGUAUCUCCUGAGUUUAAUUUAUGAAAGGGAAAAUUUCAGUGUUUGUGUAAAUGGCAUUUUGGCUCUGCAUAUUACUUUAAAAGCUAAAACCUCUGAGUAAUUACUUUUAUUUAGAUAUUUUCUGUAAGUUAGUGUCAACCUGAAAUGUGUGAAAAACAAUCUUGUAUAAUAAUUUUGUGUUUUUAGCUUCAGUAUAAAGAAAAAUAAAGCAUUUAUUUCCCCUCCCACAAAAUGUAUGGCUACUUAGAAAUAAAGAUGUUUUGUUCCUUU